GAGGGGUCGGCGGACGAGGGAGGUGCUGAAGGAAAAGGAGUGGCCUUCUGCUGAUAGUCGCCUUCUUUGCCGGAGUAAAGUCUUCUCUCAGUGGCAGCCUACAGGAGGGAAAACAAACCAGACAUUUUUGAGAUACAGAACAGAAGAAAAGACAGAGCUGUCUUCAAAACCACAGUUUCUCUCAGGCUGUAUGUGGGUUUUACACAGUCAUGGCAUCAGCAGCUCCACCAAAAAGGAUGGUGUCCUCUUGCUUCAUCACUCUGGCGACUCCUCAUCGAGCCACUGUGACACAGCAGCAGCAGCCCGCCCUUCAAGCCCACACUUCCCCGGCUAGAGACAAGCAGCACACAGCUGUACGAGUCAGUCCAAGUGACACCAUCCCCUCCCUCAGACAUAAGAAGGAGGACCCCUCACCAGCAAAGUCUUACAGCAAAAGUCGGUUUCACGCCGGGGCACCGGUCCAAGCUGCAGACCCUCAGAGCCCAAAACCAUUCCAGCCUGGACCAAGCAGAGGACAGCUGCAAGGAGAUGACAGCGGUGCUGCAGAGCUCUUACCUCCUCCUCCUGCCCCUCCUCCUCCUCCUGCUGCUGCUACUGCACUGCCCUCAUCUCUGGGACCAUCGCUGUCUGAAGAGCCACCACUUCCACCACCUCCUCCUGCCCAGACGCCUCUCUCCCACCCUCCGACCCCAGGCCAGCAGCCAGUUUACAACAGAGAGGUGGAAACAAGCACACCAUCUAGUGGGUUAAAACAAGACGAACAGUCUCCUGGGAUCCAUAAAAAUGGCCAAGACACGAGCGGGGAGAGUAAAGACGUGUGUGGCUUCUGUCGGAAGCCUGUGGCUCUCUCUGAGCCUGCGAUAGAGGCCUUGAACAGGACGUACCACGAAGGUUGCUUCCAGUGUAGAUCUUGUCACAUUCCCCUGGCUGGUAAACAGUACUACAAUAAGGCAGGGAUCCCCCUGUGUGAGGACUGCUACCAGGCCAGUCUUGAACUAUGCUGGGCAUGUGGGGAGGCAAUUAAAGAUCAUGUGAUCCGGGCACUGGAGCGAGCAUACCAUCUUUCCUGUUUCACCUGUGCAACAUGUAAACAGCAAAUUGGAGAGCUACCUUUUGCUCAGGGGGAGGUCGGAGAGGUUUACUGCCUCCAGGACUAUUACAGGAAGUAUGCUCCAAGGUGUAACGCCUGUGACAAGUUAAUCAUUCCAAAAGAAGAUGGUACCGACAGCUAUAACGUUGAAUGCCUGGGGCGCUCCUACCACGAGAACUGCUACAGAUGUGAGGUCUGUGCCAUCCAGCUCUCUCCUGAACCAAAUGAGCACGGCUGCUAUCCUUUGGAUGGGAAGAUGCUUUGCAAAUCUUGCCAUCUGAGCCUGGUCUCUGGCCAGCACUAACUCUGGACUUAUAGCCCCGGAUAGAUUGAUGGAAAAGUGCCAGGAGUCCAGCUUCAAAGAGAUGGGAGAAUUUGCAUGUGCAUUCAGGAUUCUGGAAUUAAAACAUCACACAUCUUGUUCCAGUAAAACAAUAAUGAAAUAUGGCUUUUUUUUCUUUUCUUUUCUUUUCUUUUUUCUUUUUUUUUUACAUAUCAUGCUUUUUGAAGAUACUCCAGUUCUUCUUUUAUACUUGAUAAUUUUGCACUCAAUAAACUACAAAAUGCACCAAAUAUAUUUAUGCAGCAGACUUUGUAAAAGUGUACGGCAAACAUUCUUCAAUUUUUUUUUUGCGUGUAAAUCUCAAUCAGUAAAAUCUCAAUCACUUUAACCCUUUAUAUGAAAAAAUAAAACUCUUUAUAAAAAAUGUUUACAUGAAAAUAAACUAAUAUAUUUUAUCUUUAAGCAGGUUCCAAUGUAGGCCUACAUAACAUUCAUUAAAACACAUAUACAAGUUAAGGAAAUAACCUUGAGGUAAAUAAUUCAAUACAACAUUUGUGGAAAAACACUACAACACUAAUAUUAAAUACAGACAUUAAAGCUUUUAUAAAAUAAUAUGUAACAGAGUACAAACACACAUCCUAAAUCACUCAUUAUGGACCAAAACCUCAAGGGGCUUUUGAUAUGAAUGUGAUUACACCCAAAAGACCUUCACUGGACUGCAGAGAAGGCCUACUUCUUGUUUUUUGCCUCAACAAUAAAAUAGUUAUUCACAUUGGUUUCUCAUUCAGCUGAAUUAUUUUGUUAUUUAUAUUCUGUAUCUCAAAAUGACAUGUUUGUGGUAUCAUAUUUCUUUGUAUCAAAAUCAUUUAUUAAAACAUUUCCUGGAAAAAAA